AGCCCGGGACCGGGAGCCGACAGCCGCCUUGCCCGCAGCCACGGGAGGUUGCCGUACGGGGGUGUCGGUUGGCUUGAGGCGGGCAGAAUGGAGUCCGGGGUCCUGAGCGUGCUGGUGCUGCUCCUCGGCUGCCUCUUCUCCGCGACAUCCAGCACACGUCCAGAGUGCAGCAUCAUGCAGGAGAUUGAAGAGGAGCGCAGCCAGUGCUUGUCAGAGCUUGUUGGGGAUAACCAGACUUCAGGUUGCAGAAGGCAGUGGGACAACAUCACGUGCUGGCCUGAAGCAGAAGUGGGAGAAGUUGUGGUACGGCCAUGCCCAAAGUACUUCAGGUUCCUCACCACUUUCCUUGGGAAUGUGACCAGGAACUGUACGAGCCAGGGCUGGACAGAUGUGUACCCUGCGCCGUAUGCUGUAGCUUGUGGAUAUGAUUCCAACAGCACUCCAGGGGAAGAGCAAACGGCGUUUUAUGGCACAGUCAAGACCGGCUACACCAUCGGACACACCUUGUCACUCAUUGCUCUCACGGCUGCUAUGAUCAUUUUAUGUCUCUUCAGAAAACUGCACUGUACUCGAAACUAUAUUCAUAUGCACCUCUUCAUGUCCUUCAUAAUGAGAGCCAUCGCGGUCUUCAUUAAAGAUGUCAUCCUGUUUGAAAGUGGAGAGUCUGAGCACUGCUUUGUGAGUUCAGUAGGCUGCAAAGCCAUGAUGGUUUUCUUCCAGUACUGUGUGAUGGCAAACUUCUUCUGGCUCCUGGUGGAGGGCUUGUACCUUCACACCCUGCUGGUCAUCUCCUUCUUCUCAGAGAGGAAGUACUUUUGGUGGUACAUCUUGAUUGGCUGGGGUGCCCCCUCCGUGUUCAUCACUGCUUGGACUAUUGUCAGGAUUUACUUUUUCAAUGUUGGGUGCUGGGAGGAAGUAGUGGAAUCCCCAUUCUGGUGGAUCAUUAAAACUCCUAUUUUGGUGUCUAUUUUGGUGAACUUCAUUCUCUUCAUUUGCAUCAUCCGUAUCUUAGUCCAGAAGCUGCAUUCCCCGGACGUUGGACAUAAUGAAACCAGCCAAUAUUCGAGGCUGGCCAAGUCCACCUUGCUGCUGAUUCCUCUCUUUGGCAUUCACUACAUCAUGUUUGCUUUCUUCCCUGACAAUUUCAAAGCAGAAGUUAAGUUGGUCUUUGAGCUCGUGGUUGGAUCGUUCCAGGGAUUUGUGGUGGCUGUUCUGUACUGUUUCCUCAACGGGGAGGUCCAAGCUGAGCUCAAGAGAAAGUGGCGCAGGUGGCACCUGGAGCGGUUUCUGGGCUCAGACAUGAAGUAUCACCACCCUUCCUUAGGCAGCAAUGGCACCAACUUCAGCACCCAGAUCUCCAUGCUCACCAAAUGCUCACCAAAGACACGCCGCUGCUCGAGCUUCCAGGCUGAAUUCUCUCUGGUGUGA